GCAUAGAAAUCCAUGUAUGUGCAGUGGGAAGGUUAGGUCAUCUUUGAUAGGGAUGUUCAAGGUCACUUGCUGGCUGUAAAUGGUAUUUUGAAUUCGGAAUGAAGGGAUUCGUUGGUCUAAACUAAAUACUUUUGCUGAGGUAUACAUGAUUUCAGAUAUAACGGUCAGAGUUUUCAUAAUUUAUUAUUAAGGACUGGAUCUCUUGAGGUUAUUUGGUGGUUGCCCUGCCCAAGUCUUGGCAUAGGUUUAGUCCAGCUGUCUUUUGUCCUGUUCGUUUUUCAUUUUUCACAUCAUAUUCCAUCUUAAAGAUGUCUGAGGAUUUUUGCCAUCAAUUUUGCCAUUAAUGAAUGCAGCUAGGCUAGUGUGACUGGUUUACAGUUUUCCUGUUUUAGCAGGAUGGCUUCAUCUUGUGCUGGACAAUUGCUGAGGUCAUGCAAGUCACUUGGCAUGAAUGCUGCAGCACAACGUCUUCCCAUGAGUAUUUGGCAGUGGUUCAUCCCCAUUUCCCUCACCACCUGAAUCGGCAUUUGCUAUCCUUAUUCACUCUUUCUGCAUAACAGGUGCUUGUUGUGCAACCACUCCCUUGUCUGUUUUCACACUGUCACCUAGUCUAUGGACUACAUGGGGACAGAUCUUGUGAAACUGGGCAGUUAGUUGGUAUAAAACAUUUUUUUUGAAGCAUGUACAAAUGAGGAAGUCAUUCUAGAUGGAGAGUUCUGCUUGACUCUGUAUUAGGAUUGCCCUUCAGGUUGAAUAUUCAGCCAAUUAUGUUAAGCACCUCUCAGACUGAUUUGGGCUGCGACUUUAUCCUCUGCUGGCAUCACUGUUAGUGUCUGCUGAGCUCAAAGAUGUCAUGUGUUCAGACACUGGGUUUGAAGGUGUUGUUGUUUUGUUUUUUUUGUCCACAAAAUGAAUGAACUGCCUGGUACUUUGAAUUACAAAAUAGACCAUGCUGUUUGUUUUCCUUUGGAAAUUGGCUAAGCUGUUGUCUGUAAAUCUCAUUGAUUUUUGUCUGUGUACGUCAGCUCUUGGACAUCUGUAACACCACAGUUUACUCUCCUUGACAUCUGUGAUGCAACAUUGCAGGUGUGGCGGUACUGUUGGUGCCAUCGUCACCUGCCCCUUGGAGGUGCUGAAGACGCGGCUGCAGUCCUCGGGCCUAUCGCUCAGGCCUGUCUUCCAAGUGCAGCUGGGUACAGUCAAUGGAACAGGCGUCCUCCGGCCAGGUGCAGUCACGCCGAGCCUGCUACAGGUCUUACGGUCAAUUCUUGAAAAAGAGGGACCAAGAUCACUCUUCAGGGGACUAGGUCCAAACCUCGUUGGAGUUGCACCUUCAAGAGCUGUGUAUUUUGCUGCCUAUUCCAAGUCAAAAGAGACUUUCAAUGGCAUUUUUGUGCCUAACAGUGGAGUUGUACAUAUGUCCUCAGCAGGAUUCGCAGCUUUCAUCACAAACACCCUGAUGAACCCUCUUUGGAUGGUCAAGACACGAAUGCAGCUGGAGAAAAAAGCAAAAGGAGAGAGGAAGAUGAACGCGCUGCAGUGCGCGCGCUACGUUUAUCACACUGAGGGGGUGCGCGGCUUCUACCGUGGCCUGACUGCAUCAUACGCCGGCAUCUCCGAGACCAUGAUCUGCUUCCUCAUCUACGAGUCCCUGAAGAAGCACAUGGCUGAGCAACGCAUGACCGUUGCCAAGACCGAGGCCAACAAGGGAGUGUCGGACUUCCUGGGCCUCAUGGCGGCAGCAGCCUUCGCCAAGGGCUGUGCCUCCUGCAUAGCAUAUCCACACGAGGUCAUCCGAACAAGACUACGUGAAGAGGGCAGCAAGUACAGAUACUUUUUCCAGACGGCGCGUCUGGUGGCGGUGGAGGAGGGUUACGCUGCCUUUUACAGAGGACUCAUUCCACAGCUCAUCCGACAGAUCCCCAACACGGCCAUUACGCUGUCCACUUACGAGCUCAUUGUCUACCUGCUAAAGGAGUCGUCCAACUGAGGGCCAAUCUCCCGUCAUCCUACCCCUGCCCUUAACACCCCAUGCCCCCAACCCCCUUUUCCCCACGGCCCCGGACCAGACAAGGGGAACAAGCCAGACACUGUAGACGUUGCAGAUGAGGUGGCCUGAAUGUACAUCCUGUUGUAACAGGCUUUCUUUUUUUGCUUGCGUGGGAUGUAGGCUUGAGUGGCUUCCCAAAGACUUUUACAGCCUUCUUUGUUUUUUUUGUAUCAUUAUAUUUUAUUUCAAUGGAUGCAUACGAUCAGAUGUUACUGGUGAGAGACUUGCAUCUAGAAGGACUUUGCGAGAAAUUAAGUUUGUAAAGACUGCAUAUGGUACAUCAGAGUGUGAAUGCUCCAUGUGGAUAAUAAACUACUGCAUAGUUGUACAGAAAGAGGUAAUAGGUUAUCUGAAAAUAUGGAACUUUUAAGUUAACUAAAUUAUUGUUAUAUCAUUAUUGUUACCAGUUGCUGUCUCUUAUUUCUGUCUCUGUUUGUCGUUCUAUCAGUGGUAAUGUCUGAGAAUGUUUUGACCACUUUACCUGUGGACCUUUAGAAUAGGAUGCUUAAAUAAGGGUCUCACUCUGCUUGCUAUCAGACAUGUACACACUCACCACAUCAUGUUGGAGUUGGUAGCUCCUACAUAGAUCAAGAGUUCAGUUAAACGAUUAACUGGUUUCAUUUCCUAUAAGUUAAUCAAGGUCAUUUGUAUAUUUUGUUUGUGAGCAGCAUCAAUAGUUAUUUUACAGAAAAAUGCAUAUUUAACCAGUGGUUGAAUAAAAACACAUUGGUCAAACUUU